AUGGCGCCCACGCGCACCAACAGCGAUGACGACAACAGACACGCCGUCCCAUCCUUAGAGGAAAUCAUCUUCAGCUGCGGCAUCUGCCAGGCGACAGUGUCGGAGCUGUAUCCUGCCCACGAGAACCACCCGGCUUCGCACGCCGCCGACGACGACGAUGGCAUGGGGAUCAAGCUGUGGAUUGGAAACUGUGUUCAUGUCUUCUGCGGUCGCCAUGUGGAAGGCGGCGGUGUCCCUUUCCAUUCGAGCAGCGAUCCACCGCAGGCAGAAUGCCCGGUGUGUGUGCGAUCCGAGAACAACCACGACGUCCGGAAUCUAUAUGGCAUUCGAGGUUUGACGCAAGACAAAAUGGAUCCAGCAAUCCCCAGCAUCUACGUCAAGUGUCCGCCCGUCUCACUCGAUGGCAACGAUGCUGGUGUGGAAGCCUUACGCUUUCAGUACAGUCGUAUGAAGUGCUACUCUCAAGACGUCUCCCGGCGCUGGAAGUCAGCAGAUCGCAAGCGACGCGCCAUGGAAAACGUUCUGCACAAAGAGCGUAAGCUUCAUCGCCAGCUGGAGGCUGACUAUCAGGAGUUGCAGAAGCAGAAAGAGGAGGCCGAGAAGAAACUACUCGGCUGGGAAGGCCGCAAGGGGCAGAUCAAGCACUACAUGGGCGCGGUCGCGGAAAUGGCCGCUGAUAUUCAGGUUCGCUCUCCGUCUUUGCUGAUUUCGAAAGCUCGCUAA